UUUCGUUCCUCUCACCUCUUGAUCCUCGUCAUCUUCUCAUUAACUCCCCUCUCCUCCAUUCAAACCAGUUUCUUUCAUCACCAUCACCAUCACCACCACCACCAUCACCGCCAUCAUGUCCUCCUCCUCCUCCUCCUCCUCCCAAGAAACCCGCCUCCUCCUCCCCAUCAUCGACUCCCACAUCCACAUCUACCCCGAAUCCGAAGUCCCCAACCUCGCCUGGUGCACCCCCGACCACCCGCUCUCGGGCCAAUUCUCCGUCGACCAGUUCAAGCACGCCGCCCGCUCCGCCCCGUCCCUCCUGGGCUUCGUCUUCGUCGAGACCGACCGCAAGCACGAUCUCGAAGCCAUCCUCUCCCCAUCCUCCUCCCCCUCCGACCUCGACGCCGCCUGGGACGGGCCCCUGCGCGAAGUCCGCUGGCUCAAGCGCGUCGCCCUCGGCACGCCCCUCCCCGGCGAGGGCCACACGCCCGAGGACAAGCACCUGUGUCUCGCCAUCGUCCCCUGGGCGCCGCUCCCCGCCGGCGAGGCCAUUCUCGAGCAGUACCUCGCCAGGGUGCAGGACGAGGCCGGCGAGGCUUGGCCCAAGAUCAAGGGGUUUAGGUAUCUCCUGCAGGACAAGCCCCACGGCACCAUGCUCCAGGACAAGUUCAUCGAGGGGCUCAAGUACCUGGGCAAGCGCGGCUUCUCCUUUGAAGUCGGCAUCGACCAGCACCGUCGUGGCAGGAAGCAGCUCGAGGAGACGGUCGAGAUGAUUGGCCGCGCCCAUGAGGGUGUCCCCGACGACGAGAAGGUGACGUUCAUCAUCAACCACCUCUGCAAGCCAGACCUCACAAUCUACAACGUCUCCUCCGACCCCUCCUUCACCGCCUGGCGCACCGCCAUCUUCUCCCUCGGCAAAUGCUCCCGCACAUACAUGAAGCUCUCCGGCGCCUUCGCCGAGAUGACGCCCGCCCUGCGCUCCCAGCGGGAUCCCUCCCACCUCUUCCAGUCCCUGCUGCCCUGGCUCGGCGUCGUCCUCGCCACCUUUGGGCCCCGCCGCCUCAUGUUUGCCAGCGACUGGCCCGUCUGCACCGAGGAGGAGGAUGAGGCGUGGCCCAAGUGGAGGGAGGUGGUGGAAAAAAUGUGCUGGAUGGCGACGCUGAGCGAUGAGGAUCGGGCCAUGAUCUUUGGCGGCACGGCCAAGGAGGCGUACAGGUUGUGAUGAAGGGAGCGGGCAAUAACGGGAUGCUAUUUUUUUCACUUGAAUGCGUGCAAUUGUUCGGAAACAACUACCUUGAUGAAAUGUCAAGUCUGCUUCUUUUGUCGAGCUAUUCAGCCAUGAAGCGGCCUCUAUACAAGCCCAAAAGGGGUAUGCAUGACCGUUCAUCAGCAU